AGCGAGAUGUUGCUGCAAUGUUUUGAUUCGUUUUGACAACAGUGGAGUUACGUUUCAAUGAGAUUAACGAUAAACCAUUAAAUGCAUCAAAAAAAGGAUUUCUCACUGUAGUUAAUCCAACAAAUAUGGGAUCUACGGAUUGGGAUAUAUUGCGGAAGCAGGCCCGUCACUUGGAGAAUGACAUCGACCUGAAACUGAUCGCCUUCAAUAAGGUUGGCGCUGGGAGCAGCUCGAUAAGUUCGGCAACGGAUACGGCUCCCCUGUUGGGCGAUCAUGUUUUCGAGUCGCUUUCGCUCGAGAUCGAGCAGAUGUUGGAUAAGUUGUCCAGCAUUAACGAAAAAAUGGCAGAGAUACCGGGCACGGGAGCGGCCGUCAUGCAUGUAUUGCAGCGGCAUCGAGAGAUUUUGCACGGUUACCGACAGGAGUAUCUUAAAAUUCAGGCCAACCACACAACACGAAUGGAACGAGAGGAACUCCUGCGGGGAUCCGGACUGGGAACUUCAUCGAUGAGCUCUGCUGCCACAUCCGGGCUGAGCCGGAGGGAUAUGUAUCUGAAGGAAAACACUCAUAUACACAAUUCGAGUUCCAUGGUUAAUGAUCAGAUUAGCAUCGCAAUGGAGACGAAGGAACACUUGACCUCACAGCGGCAGCAUAUGAAACGCUUCCAGACUAGAAUGCACGACAUCUCCAAUAGAUUCCCUAUGAUUUCUAGUCUCGUGCAACGAAUCAACAUUCGCAAGCGGCGUGAAUCGCUCAUCCUCGGGGCAGUAAUCGCGAUCUGUACGAUACUCCUGCUACUGUACGCCUUCCAUUGAUCGUGGAUAGCAUCCAGGGAACCAUAUUAGCGGUUUCCUAAUUUAUCAGACUUUUAAAAGCUUGUUCUUUCUAUAUCACACAGUUGUUAUCAUUAUUUUAUUAUUGUGUAUUAAUCCUAAUCCAAGAAAGCACUAGCUGUGCUAAAAAUGGUCGAACUAAGCAAGGGGAAUCGACUAAAAUCAAUUCCGUAGAUAGAAUUGUAGAAUCUUUUGAUCGAAAAUGUAUUUAUCAGGAGGGUAAUAAAGAACCGAAGUUCUGACGGAGUUUUGUGAUAGUAA